UCGCCGCUCCUUAUAUGGGAAAGUCGCGCGAACAAGGGCGGAAACGCGGCGCGGUGCCAGCUGGGUAAAUUCACCCGACAGACACAGGAAGAAGCGGACCGGAACCCGGACUGCUCUUACACCCAAAACUCCGCUCCACACCCACGGACAGAUCUCACGAACUUGGACCAGCCCAAGCCGGUGUGCAGGUAUGGCAGAGUUGGCGAGUCUAGUGCAGCGGCUGGAGUUGGCUGUGGGGCGACUUGAGGCCAUGUCGGGGCCGGGGGGCAGCAGCACAGGAGGUUCUGCGGGGGGAGCCGUGUCUGCAUACGUGGAGGCCUUCGACGGCAUCGUCAGCGGCCCCUUGGCUCAGUACCUGUCACUCAGUCAGCAGAUCGGCGGGGACGUCCAGAAACACGCAGAGAUGAUGAAGCAGGCCUUCGCCAGUCAGAGGCAGCUCCUCAUCACAGCCUCCAACUCCCAGAAGCCCUCUGAUAAUGUCCUCGCCACCCUGAUGCAGCCCGUGUCCAAAGCCAUCCAGCAGGUCCAGGCGUUCCGUGAGCAGAACCGGACCUCGCCGCUCUUCAACCACCUGUCUGCGGUCAGCGAGAGCGUGCCAGCGCUGGGAUGGGUUGCCAUGGCGCCGAAGCCCGGUCCGUACGUUAAGGAGAUGCAGGAUGCUGCCAUGUUCUACACCAACCGCGUGCUGAAGGACUACAAGGAGAAAGAUAAGAUGCACGUGGACUGGGUCAAGGCCUACGUCUCCAUCUGGACCGAGCUGCAGAACUACAUCAAGGAGCAUCACACCACCGGGCUGACCUGGAGCAAGACCGGUCCCGUGGCCUCAUCCUCUGCAGCUCCACCCCCCGGUGGGUGUCCUGCCCCUCCUCCCCCUGGACCUCCUCCUCCUCCUCCCCCUGCAGACCUGAGCGGAUCAAGCAGUGGCGGUGGAGGCGGAGCUGACACCCGGAACGCCCUGUUCGCCUCCAUCAACAAGGGAGCUGACAUAACUAAAGGUCUGAAACACGUCAGCGACAAUGAGAAGACCCACAAGAACCCGGGUCUGAGGGGUAACACUGGCCCGGUCCGCUCGGGGCCCAAACCCUAUGGCUCCACCAGCCAACCGGCUGCGUCUUCUGCCCCUGUCCGCAAGCUGCCCCCUGUGCUGGAGCUGGAGGGGAAAAAGUGGAAAGUGGAGAACCAGGAGGGAGCGCAGAAUCUGGUGAUCAGCGACACAGAGCUCAAGCAGGUGGUGUACGCCUUCAAGUGCAACAACAGCACCCUGCAGGUCAAAGGCAAGAUCAACUCCAUCACCAUGGAUAACUGUAAGAAGAUGGGUUUGGUCUUUGAGGAUGCGGUCGGCAUUGUGGAGGUCAUCAACUGUAAGGACGUCAAAAUCCAGGUCACAGGGAAAGUCCCGACCAUUUCCAUCAACAAGACAGACGGCUGCCACGUUUACCUGAGCAAAGACUCGCUGAGCUGCGAGCUCGUCAGCGCCAAGAGCUCCGAGAUGAAUGUUCUGGUCCCCAACAAGGACGGCGAGUUUACGGAGCUUCCAGUUCCCGAACAGUUCAAGACCGUCUGGGACGGCCAGAAGCUGGUGACCACAGCCACGGAGAUCGCUGGGUAGAUGUGACCCCGGCUCCGGGCUUUCCCCACCCUUAAGUCCCACCCCCUACCAGCUAACUAUCACGCUGUAGACUGAGAUUUAAGCCUCAUGACCCACCCACCCUCCCCUUUAUCGGCCAAUCACAGCUGCAGCUGUAUCCCACCUCCCCCCAAGAGCCAAUCAGAGGGCUGCUUGCUCCCUGCAGCAGAGCCUCCAGCCAAUCAGCAGCGAGCAGCCUCCCUGCAUCGGCCAGCACUUUCACAGGCGUUCAUGAGUUUGCCAACAGUUAAGAUCCUCCAGCGUCACCUCGAAGCCGCUUCCAUCAGCAUUCCACGGUUUUCCUUCAACCAUGCAGGAGCGUUCGGGGCGUAAAACAUUCCACAUCAGGAAACCUGAAAGCUGCACCUUUGAUCCACCUGGACGUGUGUCCAGAUGUGAGCAUCUUUAGACCUUUUCAUUUUCUUUGAUUUUUCGGGGCCAGAAUCAGAAAUGUUCUCGUUAGUGCUGAGACGUCAUUAAACUGUUGCAAAGGA